UCGAGACGGAGCGACACAGCGACGAGCAGCGAGCCGCGAGCCGAGCUCACCAUGUCCACCACCAUGGACCAGGAACAAGUCACCAGUAAGUAUAGGAAAUAUUUAAUGGACAUGCUGCGAAGAGCCUUCUCCAUGUUCGACUCAGCCAAAACAGGCUGCAUAGAGAGGGAGAAGGUGCACACAAUUCUCAACACUAUGGGCCAGGCCUUUGACGACAGAGAACUUGACCGAUACCUCACAGAACAGGACCUAGAAGGUACGGGAAAGCUAGACUUCGACGCGUUCUGCAAGGUAGCCAUUCACUUCCUGGACGAGGACGACGAGGCCCUGCAGAAGGAGCUGAAGGCCGCCUUUAGACUUUACGACAAAGAAGGAAACGGAUACAUCCCGAUUUCAUCCCUGCGGGAGAUCCUCAUCGCCCUGGAUGACCAGCUGACCCCUGACCAACUCAACGAAAUGAUUGCUGAAAUUGACACCGACGACUCCGGCACGGUAGACUUUGAUGAAUUUAUGGAGAUGAUGACUGGAGACUAAACAGCUACCGCCUAUUUAAUUUUAGGAAUAAUAAUAAAUAUUUAUUGGACUGAUCGUUUUAGCAUGGGGGUGGGUUUUUUCGUGAUAUAUGACUGUAUGUUUUGUGCAUUCGAUUGAAUGAAUACCAGUUGAUUAUCAAAUAAAUUAAUAUUUUCACAAUAAAUUGGUGGAAAAAUAAA